AUGCUUCUAAGAUCAAUGAUAUAAUAUUUAGAGACUUUCCACAUGAUGUAUCCAGAAAGCAUUUUGCCAAUAGAAUUUUACAGUUAAUUGUUAGAUACAACACAAACAAGUCAUUUGAGAUUGUUGACCAUAGUACUGAUGAGAAAUUCAAAGGUUACAUAAAAUGUAGCCAAUUAUGGAGUGCAUAAAAGGAGAUUGAAGGGGUUUGCUUAUAUGAGUAAUGAAGCCAAAGAAUUAUUAAAAAAAUAUAUUUGUGAUAAUUAACUCAUGAUCUUAAAAAUUAGAUAACUCUUUUCUACGAUUGCGGAGCCAGUCUCAGGAGGUAGAUAAUGGAUGAAGUUCUUUCAAAAUUCCACAGGGAUACAAAUAAACAUUGAAAGGAGUUUGAAAAAUGAAGCUGUAUUCAUUUUUUUAUAUCAUAGACUGAAAAUCUCAAUUACUAUGUUCGUUAAAAUUACAAGACUUUUAAUUAAGAAUAGUUGUUUUCAGCAUACAUUAAAAAGGAUUUGCAGUUCGAAAUUUAAAAAUAAGUGUAAAUGGAGAUCUUAGAACGAUUUGUAGCAGAUUAAAUGAAUUUUAAUGAGAAUAUGCUGAUCACAUUUUUAAACAAGGAAGCUCAAUUGUUACCAGCCUAUUAUUCAGUAAUAGCAUAAAACCUCCUUUUAAAUGGUCUGAAGAUCUUUGAUUAGCUUAAUAUUUAUUAAUAGAUAGAAUAUAUGAGAUUAUGUUUGUAAUCUGGGUUUUUGCAUGCAGACAUUCUUUAGAAAUUCAUCCUAAAUCUAAAGAUCGAUGAUGAAUUCAUAGAUUCCUUGUCAUUGCUUCAAUUCAGAAACAUAAUGACAUUAUUUGGAUAUUGUGCUACAUCACCAUAUGAUUUAGGAUUGUAGCCAGGAUUCAUAGAUUACUUGUGUAAUAAAUAUAUCCAAAAAUUAAGUAAUUUCGAAUUGGUAGCAUCUGAAAUUAUGAAAUAUGAGUUUUCUCAACUCAUGAUAAAUUAUCAUUUUAGUUUUUUGAGUGAGGAAUAAUAUUCAGAAAUUAAGAUAGCUUACGCAAGAAUGUAAAUAUUUAUAUUCUAAAUUAGACUUGAGAAGUUGUUCAAUAAGAAUUAUAAUUUUGUAGUCCACAGAAAUUUGAAUAGUAAGGAUGUUGCUAAGAAAUUAUUGUGGCUUUAUCAACCAGAUGAUUUUAAAUUGUUGCAAAGAUCCCUUACUCAUUUGAUUACCAAUACAAUUUACUAAGGAGAAUUCAAAGCUGAUCAUAUGAUUUAUUCAUUGCCAUGUAACUAAUCCUCAUUUAUAUCAAUAGUGUAUUUUAGGUAUUUCAGUCCAUAACUGUACUCCUUAUUAUUAAAAUAAUGUCAGAAACAGAAUUAAAAUUACAAAACAUCAAAGUAUGAUAUAAGGCAGUUUAUGUUCUUAUUGAAUAGCAAUGCCCUUAAAGGAUUUCGAACAAUAAUGUAUGAUAAAACAAUACUUGAUGAUGUUGAGAAUUUUAUAAAAAGCACCCUCAUUUCAUACCUAAGCAAUGUUAAAGAUGAAGAACUCCUAAUUUUUGAGGAAAUAUUUAAUCCAAGUAUGGAGUAAGAUACUGAACUUGACUUUAAUGAUGCGGAAUAUGCUGAAAUCCUACCUUAUUUUUAAAAUAAUAACAAAAAUUAAGACGCAUAAAAUCAAGUAAAUCAAAGGCAAUUUUUAAACAAUUUAACUCUGAAAUUCAAAUCUGUAUAAAACACUUUAUAUUAAAGUGGAUUUCAAAGAAUCUCAACUUAAAAAAUAAAUAAAAGAGUUUCAAUUUUAGAACCUGUUCUAAGUUUCAUUGAAGUCUUAUAUUAUGCAUCAAUUUUAAUUCCUGAAUUCCAACCAUAGACAAAAUUAUUUAAAACUCCAUAGAUGUUUAAAUUAGUAAAUAAUCUCAUUUAUUUGCCAAAUCUGUUAGAGCAUUUGGUUUAAGUGAAUCAAAUAUGGCCUAAUCUAUUUAGCGAUGAAUUGAAAUCGAUAAUCACUGCCAGCAAAGCAAAAAUAGAUGAAGUCUACAAUACUUGUCAAGAUUGUCAAGAAUUCAUUGAUAAAGUUGAAGGACAAAUAGACUUAACUGGAUCACACAAAUCUAGAAAAUUAUAAUAUAGAAACAAAACCUAUCAAGGAUUGUUACAAUUAUUCAAUUUUGCUCGUCCAAAACCACACAAUAAAUUAUCUCCAAUAUUAAAAAACCCAUCUGAAGAGUACACAAUAGAAGAGACAUAUUCAAAUUAAGAAGUGAAUCUGUAUUGGAAACUAUCACAAAGGAGUGAUAAUGUAAUUUAGCACACUCAUUUCAAAGAACUGGUGUGGUAGGCACUUAAACUUGAUAAGAAUUAAUGGAUUAUGAAUUAUAGUGACUUUCCUCAUCUUGUCGAUUUUGCUUGUCCGAAGCAGAAAGUUGUAGUUUUCUUGGAGGAGUACCCUCGUUUAAUUAGAGGGUUGCAUAAAGUGUACACUGUGGAGACGGAAAGGGCAGUGGAGCAUUUCUCUAGACUUGGAUAUCAAGUUGUGUUUAUAGAUUAUAAUGUGUAUCAUCCAGAUAAUGAGUAGAUGUUGAACAUUUUGAAAUAAAAAUUUGUAUUUCGUUAUAAUUGA